AGAGCUAUUUCUUAUGGGUACAGGGCCAAAACAGACGGAGAAGAGUUUCUGGGUCUACUUCACAGAAUAAACCGUUGAAAAUGAAGUCCUUUUUAAACGCAAUAAGAAACUGGUUCACAGUCUUUCGCUCUGACCCGAAUGCGCUGUUGCUGGAGAGCAAAUCGGAACACAGCCAUUGGCGGCGACUAGCGCUCCACCCGGAGUGUUUUUACGCGUGCACCGGAUUGAACAUGUCCCGCCGCGCGGAGCUGGUUUGACCGUCCGGAUCACGAACGGUGGACAAGAAAUGGAGGAUUUAGAGCAGACGAGGCUGCGACUGUGCGACGAGUUCGCUACUAUCACCGGGUCGGACAGCGCGGUGGCUCAGUGUUACCUCGCUGAAAAUGACUGGGAUAUGGAGAUAUGGAGUCAGUUUUUGACGUUGAGGACAAAGAAGAGGAGAGGAACAGACCUUUGAGUAAGAGAAAGGAGGUAGAUCAUCCAGAGAAGACUGACGAUGGUCCAGAGACGAAGAGGAGGAUGAACCCUCAGAACGUCCACUGCAUUGAUCUAACUGAGGAGGAGCCCGCUUGCUCCAGCAGCACCAGCUCAAAAGGGAACGAGGACGACGAAGGUGACAGCAAGCUCUCUCUUAUCUCCUGGAACGUGGAUGGCUUGGACACAUUAAGUCUUGCAGAACGUGCCAGAGGCCUGUGUUCAUAUCUGGCACUAUACACACCAGAUGUGGUGUUCCUACAAGAACUCAUCCCUUCGUACGCUCAGUAUGUUAAAAAACGUGCUGUCAGCUACCUGUUCAUCGAAGGAAAUGAAGAUGGGUACUUCACUGGUCUUAUGCUGAAAAAAUCAAGAGUAAAACUACAAAAAAGUGAAAUAAUUUCUUAUGCAACAACACAGAUGAUGAGGAAUCUUUUGUGUGCCCAGGUGACGUUCUUGGGUAAGGAACUAUAUUUGAUGACCUCACACUUGGAGAGCUGUAAAGACCAGGCAACAGAGAGAAUGAAACAGCUGGGGAUGGUGUUCCAGAAGAUAAAAGAGGUGCCAGAUAACGUGACUGUUAUUUUUGGAGGUGACACCAAUCUAAGAGACUCUGAGGUGGCUAAGGUGGGAGGUCUCCCUGCUGGUGUGAUUGACGUGUGGGAAGAGCUUGGCAAACAGGAGCACUGCCGAUAUACAUGGGACACUAAAACUAACAGCAAUAAGACUGUGCCUUAUGUCAGUAGAUGUCGCUUUGACCGCAUUUACCUGAGACCUGCUAAAGCAGGGCCUCGAAUGGCUCCUGAACACAUGGCCUUGGUUGGAAUGGAGAAACUAGACUGUGGCCGAUACACAAGUGAUCACUGGGGAAUCUACUGCACUUUUACCUGA